AUGACUAGCAAAAGUUCAAAUACAAAAAAUUUUCCUUUAUUAAAUCAAAUUGAUGAAGGAAUACAUUCAAAUGAUAUUGAUUGGAAUAAAAAUGCCUUUCAAACUUUACUUACAUCAAAUUUACCUACGACAACAAUAUCUUAUUAUGCUAUUGAUGUAGGUCUUCGACGUUUAGAAAAUAGUUUAUAUGAAACUUAUUGGGAUGUAACAGCUGAUGCAUUAAAUGACUUAUCACAAUUUUUAUUCGACAAAGAUAUUGAUGAUUAUCUAUAUGAAGCUAAAUGUCAGUUAUUGAUGUAUUCAGCAAUUGCAAUUAUUAAAAUGAAUACAAUUAGACGACGAUCAAUACAUGAUGCAAAGUUAGCAUGUGCUACAAUGUGUCUAUUAUUAUUACAACAAAGUCGACCAUAUGAAAUCGCAUCAACAGUAGAUGAAUAUUCCGCUUGUCAUCGUUCAAUGCGUCUUCGUUAUUUAAAACGAAUAUUUAUUAUUGUUCAAUGGAUACCUACAUUAUCUAAAAUACAAUUAAGUGACUUACAAAAAAAUUAUGAACGAUAUAUUGCAAUUAUUCUUGAACAAUUAUUUCCAGCAGUUUCAUUACGAGAUAAAAUCAAUAAUUUUAUUGAUAAUCAUUUAUUUAGUAAUAACGUUAAUGAUGAUGAUGCAACAUCAAGUGGAUUUGUAUUUAUUCGACGUUUUCCAGAAUUUGAUGAAAAAAUUAUUGAAAAAUAUAAUGAUUUAAUGAAUAUGGGACUUGCUAGUACAAUGAAUCAAUUGAAUAACAACAAUGUACGAAAAUUAAUUUGUUGUAUAUGGACAUUAUGUUGUAUGAUUGAAUCCGACCGAGUAUCACUUGCAGUUAUUAAUAAUAAUACAUUACGUGAACAUUUUUCACUUACACCAAUUGAUUUUGAACAAAAACCAAUUAAUGUUGAAUCAUUAAAUGAACGAGAUAUUAUUGUCUUCCUUCUCUUAUGUGCACAACAAAAUGUUCAUUUGAAUAGCGGUGAUUCAAUAUUACAUCCCUAUUUACUUUUUUCAGCAUCCCAUUUAUGCACACAACAACAGAAGAAUUGGUGGCAAACUGUUACUGAACAAACUUUAUGGAAUGAAUUUAUUGAUCAUCUAGGAACAAUACGUCUCGAUGAAGAACGAAUACAUCAACAUCCACCAAAAUUAAUUAUACUUGAAACAGCUCGAAUUCUAUUUAAAUCAGCACAAAAACUCUAUGAACAACAUGCAAAACGUGCUGCAUCAUCUUAUGAACAAUAUGCAAUACAUUAUCUUAAAAUAGCUAAAAAUACUCAGAAAUUAUCAGAUUCACAAAUUAAAGGAAAUAAACAAGAUAAAUUAUUUUUCUUUUAUUCGCAAAAAACAUUAAAUAAUGAUCAGAAAUAUAUCGAACAAUUAAUUGAACAAUGUGAAACAUAUGCUCGACAAUGUGAUGAAUUGAAAGUAUUACCCGAACCGCAACCACCCAGAACAUCAAGUCCGACAAAAGAACAACAGAAAGUGUCAGAAAUUAAUAUUUCAGCUGUUUUAAGUCCAGUUAUUGUCGAAAAAGAAGAACGAAAACCUCAUUCAGACGUAAAUAAAAAUAAUAGUGUUCUUGAUUCAACAUUAUUUGCUACACCACCAUCGAUUAAAAGUCGUGAUGUUGAUGUUCAAACAUUCAUACAAACACCAUCACCACCUCCUCCACCACCUGUUAUUACAAUGCCAAUUAUCGAAGAAAUACCUGAAGUAUCUGAGCCACCAUUACCAGCAUAUGUUGAUGUAAUAUUCUCUCAUAUGAAUGAAGUUAAUCAAUGGAUAAAUGAAUUUUGUGCGGAUCAUGAAGCAAUUCAAAAUGAUGUUUAUACAAUUCGAAAUCAACUUGAAAAAAUUAAUCGAAUUACUAGUCAGAUGAUGUUUUCAAAUAUGAAAACAUUUCCGUCAGGUUCAAAUGAAAAUUUUGGUAAUUUUCACCCACCACAUUAA